AUGUACGCCUCUUUUAGCUCUGUUGCCUUUCUGGGGUCAGUCCUCUUCUCCUUGCAAACCACAGGCAAUGAUACUGUCCCUCAAGUCACUUUGAAAGACUAUGGGGUGUUCUCCGGAACGAACAUCCCGGAGACUUUGAUGGGCGAUAAGCUGUUCAACGAAGUUGACGCUUGGCUUGGCAUCGAUUAUGCCGACCAGCCUGUGGGCGACCGACGGUUUCGUCAACUACAAUCACAACCUCCAGCCUUUGACGGAGUUAGGAACGCUACAAAUUAUGGGGCCGUUUGCUUGCAGGAUUUAAAAUAUCCAUACUCUGAUGAGCAAGACGAAGCAUGCCUAAACUUCAACGUGUAUCGUACGCACGGAAUUCCGCUCAGUCAAAAACUCCCAACUCUUGUUUGGAUCCACGGAGGCGGUUUUACAUCAUUCUCGGCCCGGGAUUUCGAUGGUGCUGCUUUCGUCGCCUCUUCUGCCAGCCCUAUUGCUGUUGUCACCUUCAACUAUCGUCUCAACUCCUUCGGAUUCCUGCCUAGUAAAUUGUUCGAACGCCAAGGCCUCCUCAAUCUAGGUUUACAGGAUCAACACUUCCUUCUGCAGUUUAUACAGAGGCAUCUGGGUUCAUUUGGUGGAGACCCUGAUCAAAUCACUCUCGGCGGCCUUUCGGCUGGCGCGCACUCAACGGCAUUCCAAUAUUUUCACAAUUAUGGUGCCGACAAGAACAAACCACUCUUCGCAAGGGCCAUUCUACAGUCAGGAUCACCUACAGCUCGCUCCUUUCCAGGCCCGGAAUAUCCUCGAUAUAAGAAGGACUUUGCAGGACUUAUGGAUUAUAUCAAUUGUUCCGUGGACGUUGGCGACAAAGAGCAAAUGGAAUGUUUGCGCCAUGCAUCGGCGGAGAAGAUCAGAAUCUACUCAGCUAAAUCUUAUGAAGAUGCUAAAGAUCAACUGAACUGGCCCUGGCAGCCAUCGAUUGGGGGUCUCUAUGUCGAGAAGGCAGGAUCUCAGAGUGGGAUUGAGGGAGCCUUUCAUCAUCUCCCCAUCAUCACAACCCAUACCUCUGACGAAGGGAAAUAUUACACCCCGGGAAAUUUGGAAACAAAUGAUGAUUUUAUCCGGUUUUGGCACCGAAUCAGCCCUGGUCUUAAUAUCACUGACAUCGCUCUCAUAAAUGAGCUCUACCCGGACCCCGUUGCGCAUCCUGACUCCCCAUGGGCCAGCUCUUCAAACAGCACGCAGUAUAAUCGCAUCUCAGCUUCGUGGUCUGAUAUGUCUUAUAUCUGCCCUAGCCGUAAGACAGCUGAGACAACAUCGCGGGCAGGAGUCCCAACUUGGAGACUUCGAUUUAACACGCCUGAUUUCCCAUUGGUUGCUCAGUCCUGGAAGGGCAUUCCGCAUUCUGCAGAUUGGGCUUAUACAUGGAAUGAUCCACAUGUGCCCUACCCUGAAACCGCGCGCAUUUACUUUGGCUACAUGAACAGUUUCGUGCUCACGGGUAAUCCUAACAAAGAAAGGUUGGAUGGUACCGUGGAGUGGCCCGAAUACAAAGCAACGGGCGACAUAGGUAGUGGGUAUCCGAAACAACUUUUAGUGAACCCAGGAAACUUUACAGUUGUGGAAGAGGACAGCACUCGGUCUCGGCAAUGUGCUUACUGGAAUGAUAUCGACCGAGCUGCCCGUUUGUACAAGUAG